AUGGUUAAAUCAUACGAUCGAUAUGAUCAAGAAAAAUGUUUUGGAGUCAUCACCUCCCAAUCCAACAUUCUCUGGCUCCCCCCAUCCCCCACCCAAUCCUCAACUUCGGCCGGACGUGCCAUUACUUCAGCCCUUGAAGAAAUCUUAAUCUGGGAUAUCAAAACUGGAGAAAUCAUGUCUAGAUUAAGAGAUGGUUUGACACCGGGUGCAUCGAAUGCAUCGACAUCGAUCCCUCCAUCGCCAGUUUCAUAUUUGGCAUAUCAUGAUGUGAAUAAUAUUGUGGCGGCGGGAUAUAAUGAUGGUUCGAUCAAGGUUUGGGAUUUAAGUUCCGGAAGUGUGAUUAUUACUUUCCAGGGACAUAAAUCGACAAUUGCGGUUUUGAAAUUUGAUAGAAGUGGGACGAGAUUGGUUUCGGGUGCCAAUGAUUCUUCGAUAAUUUUGUGGGAUUUGGUAGGUGAAACGGGAUUGUUUAAAUUAAAAGGACAUAAAGGGCCAAUUAGUGGGUUGGAAUUUUUGUCGGAGAAAUAUAGUGAAGAGAAUGUUGAUGAGAUUGAAGAUUAUUUAUUGAGUUGUUCUCGAGAUGGGUUGAUUAAAUUAUGGGAAUUGAAAUCUCAACAAUGUAUAGAAACUCAUUUGGCUCAUUCGAAUGAAUGUUGGUCGAUGGGGAUUAAUGAGACUAAGGAUUUGGUCAUUACUAGUGGGAAUAAGGAUCAGGUUAAGGUAUGGUCAUUGGAUAUUCUGCUUGAAGAUGGAUCUAAGAUUAGUGAACGUGGUGAAUUUGCAAAAGUGAGUAAGAAUAGAAGUAAUGAGAUUUUAUUCAAGAAUGUUAAAGUUAGUUCUACCCAUCUUCAAUUAUUCUCGAUUCAGAAUGCAGAUAGAACAAUUGAGAUAUUUAGAGUUAGAUCAGAUGAUGAAAUCAAAAGAGGAAUUGCAAAACGUACAAAAAGAUUAAAAGAUAAAGGAUUAGAUGAAGAUGAAAUCUUACAGUCCUUACAAGAAUCAGAAGUCAGUAUGUUAAUAACUUCAUUCACUACAUUACGUACCAUUGCAAAAAUCAAAUCAUGUACUUGGACAACCAACGCCAAAAAACUCGAUCUCUUAAUCUCAUUAACUAACAACAGUGCCGAAUUUCAUAAUAUCCCAUUACCAGAACAACCAAAGAAAGCCCAAGCCACCGAUUUAUAUUCCGUCAAACAACAUUCACUUGAUUUAUUAGGUCAUAGAUUCGAUAUUCGUGCCAUGGAUAUAUCACCUGAAGACAAUCGAUUAUUGGCUACUGCCUCAAACGGAGAAUUAAAAGUCUGGAAUCUUAAAUCCUUCAAUGUGAUUAGAAGUUUUACUUUAGAAGGAGGAUAUGCAUUAUGUUGUAAAUUUUUACCAGGGGGGACAUUGAUUGUAGUUGGGUUUAAGAAUGGGGAUUUGGAAUUGUAUGAUUUGGCUACUUCUUCAUUAGUUGAUCGUGUUGAAAAAGCCCAUCAGAUUUCUGGAGUUGGGAAAGAAGAAGAAGAAACGGCUGCUAUUUGGUCGCUUGAUUUGACACCGGAUGGGAAGACUUUGGUGACUGGUGGAAAUGAUAAAUGUGUGAAAUUUUGGAAUUUUAAAGUUGAACAAGAUGUUAUACCCGGUACGGAAACUGUUGUAUCUCAAUUAAGAUUUGUGCAUACUCAAACUUUGGACUUGAAUGAAGAUGUAUUAUGUGUCAAGAUUUCACCUGAUGGGAAAUAUCUUGCAGUUUCAUUAUUAAAUAAUAAUGUCCAAGUAGUUUUCUUUGAUACUUUGAAACUUUUCCUUACAUUAUAUGGUCAUAAAUUACCCGUAUUAUCAAUUGACAUAUCCCUGGAUUCCAAAUUAAUCAUCACAUCUUCCGCUGACAAAAAUAUCAAAAUCUGGGGAUUGGAUUUCGGUGAUUGUCAUAAAUCAAUCUUUGCUCAUCAAGAUUCAAUCAUGAAUGUAAAAUUUAUUGGAGAUACUCAUAACUUCUUCUCAAGUGGGAAAGAUGGAUUAAUUAAAUAUUGGGAUGGGGAUAAAUUCGAAUGUAUUCAGAAAUUACCAGCCCAUCAGAGUGAAGUUUGGUGUAUGGCUAUGAGUAGUGACGGAUUGCUGAUGGUAUCUACUUCUCAUGAUCAUUCUAUUAGAUUAUGGCUGGCGACUGAUGAUCAAGUGUUUUUGGAAGAAGAAAAAGAAAAGGAAUUGGAUGAAAUGUAUGAGAAUACAUUAUUGGAUCAACUUGAAGGUGAUGACGAACAAAGAAAGAGAACCGAUGAAGAUGAAGAAGAGACUGACGAAGUUACUAGAGUUUCUAAACAAACUAUGGAAACUUUGAAAGCAGGUGAAAAGUUAAUGGAAGCACUUGACAUUGGAGUUGAAGAUGUCGAGGCAGUUAAGGAAUAUGAAUCGUUGGUAAAAGCUGGUAAACAAGCAGUUAAACCAACCCCAAAUUCUAUUUUACUUGCUUAUAAUAUGACAGGAAGUGAUUAUGUUUUAAGUGUAUUGACUAAAAUCAGACCUGCUCAAAUUGAUGAUGCAUUAUUAGUAUUGCCAUUCUCAUAUUCAUUGAAGUUGUUACAAUUUAUUGAGAUUUGGACUAAUAAGACCAAUAUUAAAACCAAUGUGGUCAAUAUGUCGUUGAUUUGUAAAGUAUUAUUCUUUGUUAUAAGUUCAAACGCCAAGGAAUUGAUUAAUCAAAAGGAUCCAGCAAUUAAGAACCAAUUAAUUAAAGUCAAGCAACAAUUAAGAGAAGGUUUACAGGAAACAUGUCAACAAUUAGGGGUUAAUACUCAAGGAUUGAAAUUCGUUAAACAACAAUGGAAAUUAACUCAUGAAACAGAAUUUAUAGAUGAGAAGGAACAACGUGAGUAUGAAGAUAAGAAGGCGGUCAAGAGAAGCUAUGUUACCAUUUAA